UUUGAGAAAACCCCCUUUUGCCCUUCUCUCUCUCUCUCUCUAGCUCUUCCCACAAGGACCGACGAUGGGUUUGUUUCCAUGUUCUUGCCCUUUGCCUUGCAACAAAACCAGGGAAUGUCAAAACAACUCAACACAUCUUCAAUCAGAUUUUUCCACGUCGUCAUCUCUCUCGUCUCAGCCGAGCCUGCCGUCAGUUCCGUCCCUGUCCUCUCCGUCGCAGAACCGUCACCAUGAUCAUCAGUGCUUGGUCACUCUCAGAGGCCACUCCUCCUACGUGUCGUCCCUCGCCGUCUCCGGAAAAUUCAUCUACAGCGGAUCUUCUGACGGAAAGAUACUCGCAUGGCCCCGAGAGCCACCGGAAAACAUUGCCGGAGACAAUACGGUUGCCGUGGGAAACGGAGCGGUUAAGGCGAUGGUGGUUUUCAGGUAUAAGCUGAUAACCGCUCAUCAAGAUCACAAGAUUAGGGUUUGGAAGAUCGAAGAGAGAGAUCCACCGCAGAAGUACAAAUGCGUCGCCACUCUCCCGACAGCGAACGACCGUUUCACGAAGAUUUUCAGCGGGAAGAACUACGUGGAAGUACGGAGACACAAGAAGUGCACGUGGGUUCACCACUUGGACACAGUCUCGUCUCUCGCCUUAUCCAAGGACGGUUCUUUGCUAUACUCAGCUUCUUGGGACAGAACCUUCAAGAUCUGGAGAACGUCCGAUUUCAGAUGCUUGGAGUCAAAGGAAAAAGCUCAUGAAGACGCCAUUAACGCGGUCGUUGUGUCAUGUGACGGAUUCGUUUACACAGGCUCGGCCGAUAAGAAGAUCAAGGUGUGGAAGAAGCAGCCAAGAGAGAAACGACACAAUCUGGUGGCUACCUUAGAGAAACAUGUCUCGGCCGUUAACGCUUUGGCCAUUAGCGAAGACGAUACGGUUUUGUACUCGGGGGCUUGUGACAGAUCGAUUCUUGUGUGGGAGAGAAAUAGGAUCGACGACGAGCAUAUGGUCUUAGCCGGAGCUUUAAGAGGACACUCGAAGGCGAUACUGUGUUUGGCGGUUGUUUCGGAUUUGGUGUUCAGUGGAUCGGCCGACAAGGCUAUUAGGGUUUGGCGGCGAGGGACGGACAAGGGUUAUUCUUGUUUGGCUGCCUUGGAUGGACAUAGCAAGCCUGUCAAGUGCUUGGCUGUGUCCCUUGGUUCUGAUUCUGAUGUUUCUUGUAUGGUUUACAGUGGGAGUCUUGAUCUUAGUGUUAAGGUUUGGAGAAUUCGGAUUCCGUUGCUUUAGAUCAUUGUUUUUUUUGUGUUUUUUCAGCAAUCUUUAAUGAUGUUUUUACUUCAUCUCUGUCAGUAAACGCGAGGUUACGAAUUGUACAUAUACAAACUGGUGUCUGUCUGUUGUAUACGUAUAUAAGUGUUGUUACAAUACUGUCUGAUCGUAUACUUGUCAC